AAAUAGAUAAAAACAAAGACUUACUGUCAACAAUCAUAACUCUGUGAUUGAGUUAAAAUUAAAUUUCUUACUAUUGAAACUAUGUAAUACAAUAUAACGUUAAGAUAAAUAUACUUAGCGGAAAUAACAGAAAGUUCCGGUACGUCAAACGUUAUUAAGACGCAAGUGAAUUUGUAUUUAUUAACUGAGUGGUAUUAGACAAAUGAUGAAUCGAUAAAAGUGGCUAUUAAUAGUGGAAUAAUGUGAUUGAAAUUAAUAAAACGAUUUGAUGGACAUCAAUGCUUAAUAAAGCAUUAUCAAUAAUAAUAAUAAUAAUAUAAUAAUGUGUUCACAUGGAGAUAAUUAUAGAUAUAUUAUUAUAAUAUAAUAUUUAUGAUGAAGAAGAAAAAUUAAUAAUGAAUGAGUGAAGAUAAAGCUUGCUGGAGACGCAGACGUCGCCGGUGGCUGUGUUGAUAAUGUCUGGGAUUAUCAUAUCGAUGAUAAAAAUGAAGAUACUGAUGGUGAAGAUGAUGCAGGUGGCUCUUGUGCCCCCAAUAAGUUGAAACCUAGAGAGAAGUAGUUAAUAGAAAAACAAAAAAAAAAAAAAAAAAAAAAAAAAUAGAUGAUUGAUAAAUGAUUAAAUUAAUGUAAUUAAUUACUAAUUCAAAUUUGGGGAAGAAAUUUGUGAGAAAAAGCAAGAAGAAGAAGAAGAAGAAGAAGAAGAAGAAGGUCUUGAUGGUGGAUCCCUUAUGUUUUGACGGAGCUUCAGUAGGGUACCGAAGUGGGGGGCACGUGGUCGUGCUGCCUGCCGUGCGCCGGCGGCGGCGGGCGAGGACCUCCUGGAGGACUUAGUUCUGGUGUGGGUUCCGGUUCCGGUUCUGGGAACCCCGGAUCCUUGGGCGAACCCGAGAGCAAGUCCUCGAUUAUUGUUUGCCACAGCAAUAAGCGCCAGAAGAACCAGAAAAGCAGCAUCACGAGUGUUAUUAAGAGCACCUGUAAGCGUAGUGGUAGUAAUAAUAAUUCUGGGGACUUGGACGAUCUAGAGGCUCUCGACGCCGCUGUUGAGGCUGUCGCUACUGGAGCUUGCUUUCCCGGUACCAAAGGCUCUAAGGAUAAUAGUUACCAGAACUCGGAGGACUCUAAUAACAAGGACGGGAACACUCAGCACCGGCUCAGUCCCAGGUUGCAUGAUAUUGAGGAGGAGGAUGAUGAAGAGUGUCGACAUACUAAAGAAAGGACCUAUCAAAAGAAAUCACCAACACCAAGCGCCGGAGGAACCGGCAGCAGAGCAGGGUGGCGUUCGCGCAGAAGCGUCACCACGGCGGGUGCAACUGGGCACCAACAUCACGUGAUUGCCACGGUGGCGGUCACGGCUCAGGCGAAAAUGCAAGCCGAGCAGGGUAGCAUCGGUGAGCUAAGGGGCUACCACAAUCUCCGGUCACGUCGUCAUACGCUGGCGAAUGUACGCUUCGAUGUGGAAAAUGGAGGUUCGGCUUUGGAAGGAACUGGAGCCGCAUCUCCUAACGCGGGACUUGUGCUCCAGAAUCUGCCUCAAAGGAGAGAAAGCUUUCUCUACCGCAGUGACAGCGACUUUGAAAUGUCACCUAAAUCCAUGUCAAGAAACAGCUCUAUCGCCAGCGAAAGGUUCAAAGAGACAGAGCCGCCAAUCGAGCGAGCUCAUGGCGAAGAUCUUAUCGUUACCCCGUUCGCCCAGAUACUUGCCUCGUUACGAUCCGUUAGAAAUAAUUUCCUAUCGCUCACCAAUGUACCAACAAACAAAUCACGUAGAAGCAGUGGGGCACAAGGAAGUAAUACACCACAACCACGUGUUCUGGCACCCGGAGAUGAAACCUACAUGAAAAUGGCUGUGGAGACAAUGGAGGAACUUGACUGGUGCUUAGAUCAAUUGGAGACUAUUCAAACUCACCGGUCUGUGUCGGACAUGGCUUCUCUCAAGUUCAAGAGAAUGCUUAACAAAGAGCUUUCGCACUUCUCAGAGUCUUCCAAAUCUGGUAAUCAAAUAUCUGAGUACAUCUGCACUACUUUCUUGGACAAGCAGCAAGAGUUGGAUCUACCAUCGUUGCGAAUCGAGGAUGCGGCAUCAACAAGCGGAUCCGGGGAUUCGCGAUCCGCGAAGAAGAAAGAGCGAGCUCAGAGAGGGCCAGCCGCCAUGUCCCACAUCAGCGGAGUGAAGCGUCCAUUGACCCACACAAACAGUUUCACCGGCGAGCGAGUACCUGUCCACGGAGUGGAAACUCCCCACGACGAAGAGCUCGGCAAGGUGCUGUCAGAGGUCGACAAGUGGGGCAUCGACAUAUUCAGGAUAGCCGAGCUGAGUAACAACAGACCGUUGACCUGCGUAGCCUACACGGCAUUCCAGAGCCGCGACUUGCUCAAAACACUGGCAAUACCGCCCAAGACUUUUGUUACCUUCAUGAUGACUCUCGAGGAUCACUAUGUCAAGGACAAUCCCUUCCAUAACAGCCUUCACGCGGCCGACGUAACACAGUCGACGCACACGCUGCUCAAUACGCCCGCGCUUGAGUCCGUCUUCACGCCGCUCGAGAUCAUGGCUGCCUUGUUCGCGGCGACUAUUCAUGACGUAGAUCAUCCAGGUCUUACCAAUCAGUUCCUCAUCAACUCCAGUUCAGAACUAGCGCUGAUGUAUAACGACGAGUCAGUAUUGGAGAACCACCACCUGGCGGUAGCUUUUAAGCUCCUGCAGAAUGAGGGCUGUGACAUAUUCGUAAACAUGACGAAAAAGCAGCGACAGACUGUGAGGAAGAUGGUGAUCGACAUGGUGCUGUCAACAGACAUGUCCAAGCACAUGUCGCUGCUGGCUGAUCUAAAGACCAUGGUGGAAACCAAGAAAGUUGCUGGCUCGGGUGUCCUACUGCUGGACAACUACACGGACAGGAUCCAGGUGCUGGAGAACCUGGUACACUGCGCUGAUCUAUCGAACCCGACAAAGCCGCUGCCGCUCUACCGGAAGUGGGUCGCGCUCCUCAUGGAGGAGUUCUUCCAGCAAGGAGACCGAGAACGGGAGCAAAAUAUGGACAUCAGUCCGAUGUGUGACCGACAUAACGCGACUAUUGAGAAGUCACAGGUCGGCUUUAUUGACUACAUCGUCCAUCCGCUCUGGGAGACCUGGGCUGACCUCGUUCAUCCGGAUGCCCAGGACAUUCUUGACACGCUUGAAGAGAACCGUGAUUGGUACCAGUCCAUGAUUCCACCCUCGCCGCCGUCUGACGACCAGCAGGGAAGCGAACAACUCUCUGAUCGUAUUCACUUUCAGGUAACGCUGGAAGAAGGAGAUGAAACAAUCGAAAACCCAGAAGAUGACGAAGACUUUACCGGCGAGCCCGGUGAUCAAGAGGCAGCCUCAGCGGACCCUGGGAUGUGACGGAAAUUGGCGGGUAUUUGCAAAAAGCUUCACGAAAAGUUUCAGCAGUCCUGGUGGCGAGCUCACCCGUGAAAUCCGCUACCGUCAGCAUUAGGCCGUGCUUUUAACCAAAUAUAAAUUUAUGUGUAUAUAUAUUCACCAUGAUAAAUUAAUUAAUUAAAAUUACCAUUAAUAACAAUAUAGUUAAGGAGAAAAAGAAAAAAAAAUGCAUGUAAAUUAAAUGACAGCGACGAUGGUAUGAUAUCUGCAUGAAAGUAUCUUAGCCUCUAGCUGAUUGUCGGCAGAACGUCGGCUGGCCCGACUUUAAAUGUAAACCGAUAUUUUACCAUCGUCCAGCAACAAUAAGAAUAAUAAUAUUAAUUAUAACUAUCAUAUAAACAUAAAAUAAUUAAAAGCCGUGUGAUUUUUAUCACAAAUAAAAUCCAAAGGAUCAGAUCAUAAAAAAACUCCUCAUGAAUUAGACUCGUAAAGGAGACUCGAAUAUAAGUCAGUAUACUGGCGAAUGAAUCUCAAUUAGUACCUGUUGGGCACGACCAAAAGCAUCGGAAGAAAGUUUUAAUCCAAGUAAUAAAUAAAAUAAAAUUGUGAAAAAUAUUGAGCGGAUAUUUGAUUAAUUUUUACGGAUCAGAACGUCGUUUUAAAAUGUUUAUCUCGUAAUUGUAAACGACAUAUCAGCUGAAAGACGUACUAUAAAAAUAAAUAUAUUAAUAUAUAAAUAAAUGCAUCCAUAAAA